CUGCACUGCGAGAGUGAGUCUUUCAAGAUGGACCUCAUCCUGGAUGUGAACAUCCAGAUCUACCCAGUGGACCUCGGGGACAAGUUCCGGCUGGUUAUCGCCAGCACCCUGUAUGAAGACGGCACCCUGGAUGAUGGCGAGUAUAACCCCACGGACGACCGGCCCUCCAGGGCAGACCAGUUUGAGUACGUGAUGUACGGCAAGGUGUACCGGAUUGAGGGGGAUGAGACCUCCACUGAAGCAGCCACACGCCUCUCUGCCUACGUGUCCUAUGGGGGGCUGCUCAUGCGGCUGCAGGGAGAUGCCAACAACCUGCACGGGUUUGAAGUGGAUUCUCGGGUUUACUUGCUGAUGAAGAAGCUGGCCUUCUAG